GAAUUUAUUGCCUAUGGGAUCAGCAAUGUGUUUGCAGGAUCUUUCUCUUGUUUUGUUGCUACCACCGCUAUAUCACGUACUGCUAUCCAGGAAAGCACUGGUGGGAAAACCCAGGUUGCUAGCAUAAUCUCAGCAGGGAUUGUACUGAUUGUCAUUGUGGCUCUGGGGAAACUGCUAGAGCCCUUACAGAAGUCUGUGUUGGCAGCUGUUAUCAUUGCCAACUUGAAAGGGAUGUUCAUGCAGGUGUUUGAUGUUCCUCGUUUGUGGAGGCAGAAUAAGGCGGAUGCUGUAAGUCAUUUACUUUUUUCCUAA